AUGGCGGGCGCGGCGGGGCGGAAGAAGCGGGUGGGCCGCUACGAGGUGGGCCGGACCAUCGGCCAGGGCACCUUCGCCAAGGUCAAGUUCGCCGUCGACGCCGACACCGGCGCGGCCGUCGCCAUGAAGGUGCUCGACAAGGAGACCAUCUUCACCCACCGCAUGCUCCACCAGAUCAAAAGGGAAAUAUCAAUCAUGAAGAUAAUAAGACAUCCCAACAUAGUUGGGCUUAAUGAGGUGUUGGCCGGGAAGACAAAGAUAUACAUAAUCUUGGAACUUGUCACUGGAGGUGAACUGUUUGAUAAAAUAGCCCGCCAUGGGAAGCUACGUGAGAAUGAAGCCAGGAAGUAUUUCCAGCAGCUUAUUGAUGCCAUUGAUUAUUGCCACAGCAAAGGAGUUUAUCAUAGGGAUUUGAAGCCUGAAAAUCUGCUUCUUGACUCAUGUGGAAACUUAAAAGUUUCUGAUUUUGGACUUAGCACACUGUCUCAGAAUGGAGUAGGACUCCUUCACACGACAUGUGGAACUCCAAAUUAUGUUGCUCCUGAGGUGCUAGGUAGCAAUGGAUAUGACGGAUCUGCAGCAGACAUUUGGUCAUGUGGUGUCAUUCUUUAUGUUUUAAUGGCUGGUUACCUUCCCUUUGAGGAGAAUGACCUUCCAAGUUUGUAUGAAAAGAUAACUGCAGCUCAGUACUCAUGCCCAUAUUGGUUCUCUCCAGGAGCCAAGUCAUUGAUCCAGAGAAUACUUGACCCAAAUCCAAGAACUCGUAUCACUAUUGAAGAAAUAAGAGCAGACCCAUGGUUUGAGAAGAACUAUGUAGCUAUCAGACGUGGUGAAGAUGAAAAUGUCAGCCUGGAUGAUGUUCAAGCUGUUUUUGACAAUAUUGAGGACAAGUAUGUAUCUGAGGAAGUAACUCACAAGGAUGGUGGUCCUCUUAUGAUGAAUGCCUUUGAGAUGAUUACACUAUCUCAAGGUUUGGAUCUCUCAGCAUUGUUUGAUAGGCAACAGGAGUUUGUCAAGCGGCAAACACGUUUUGUCUCAAGAAAACCAGCUAAGACUAUAGUAGCUACAAUUGAAGUUGUUGCUGAGUCAAUGGGUCUCAAGGUCCACUCCCAGAAUUACAAGCUGCGGCUUGAAGGUGCAGCAUUAAACAGAAUGAGCCAAUUUGCUGUUGUUCUAGAGGUUUUUGAAGUUGCUCCUUCUCUGUUCAUGGUUGAUGUUCGAAAGGUUGCCGGUGACACUCUGGAAUACCACAGGUUUUACAAGAACCUAUGCAGCAAACUUGACAGCAUAAUCUGGAGGCCAACCGAAGUUUCUGCGAAAUCUACGCUGCUGAGGACGACCACUUGCUAG